CAGGUCCUCUCUGCAGAUAAAGCCACAGUACCUCUUUUCUCUUCAGACCAGAACCUAGGAUCUCACAAGAAAUUAGGAAAGACUUCUUAAACCUGACCAUGCUUCGUCUGGACUUCCGGCCACAUAGUCUACACAGAACUCUGCUGGUGACCCUAUUGCUGGGACUUACAGGAGCAGCUACAAAAGAGCUGAAGAUAAUUCAGCCUGAGAAAUCAAUCUCUGUCACCGCUGGAGAGUCAGCCAUUUUGAACUGUACUGUGACCUCCCUGCUUCCUGUGGGGCCAAUAAAGUGGAUCAGGAGAAUAGGACAAUGUCGGCAAGUAAUAUAUAGUUUCACAGGAGAGCACUUCCCCAGAGUUACAAAUGUUUCCGAUAAUACAAAAAGAAACAACCUGGACUUUUCCAUCCACAUCAGUAAUGUUACGCUUGCUGACUAUGGUACUUACUAUUGUGUGAAGUUCUGGAGAACAUACUCUGAAGAGGAGGAGUUUCAGUAUGGGGGAGGCACCCAUUUGUACAUCUGUAAACAGAAGACAACAGAUGCUGCUAAAAUCAUAGUAGCUGUACUCCUUGGACCAAAACUGAUUCUGGUAAUUGUCUUUGUCAUGUACAGGCACAAGAAGCAGAUGGCCUGAAUGGACUCAGUUCAGAAAGAGAAGCUCUUGAGAAGCUAUGGAAAACUGCUCCCAAAGACGCCAUAAGAAGAUCAACCCCCAAAAAGAAUUUGUUUAUUCUCUAAAUAUGCAUUGUUAGCCCGGAGCUUUGAUGCUUUGCAUAGUUGCAUUCUUGUGAAUUUUAUUAUAAUUAUUAAAAAAUUAAAGAUGGUUAUAAAGGUCAA